AUGGACCGACUCUCCCGACUCAAGCUCCUCUUCGAGCAUGAUGGGCAUCUGUUACAGCUCAACACCGGUCUCAGGAAGCGCCUGCCAGCUGCAGACAACGAAGACGAGCCAUCCAGCCCGGUCCUCCCAGAGAUGAGCUCACAACCAGCACCCACUGUUCAGAGUGAAUCGCCAGUGACAACCCCUUCCAUCCCAAGCGAUGGCAUCUUCUGUCCCCUCCUCGCGCUCUCAAAAUACCCGUACAAGUAUCUUCAAGGAGAAAUGAGAGACAAAGUGGCAAAUCGAUUCUUCGAACGCGGGCUGUUCUGGAAGCGCCAGUGGGAUUUGUACUACAUCCAUCUCCGGCCGCAGAACCAACAGACUGUGAGACAUCUGCUGCUGGUUCCCGCGGCCCAGGCCCGCCAUCUGCUGCACGAAAUCAACAACUCGCUUGAAUCCAGCCUGGUUUUUCCAACCCAGAACUUCUUUCUUGAUUUUACAACUCAUGCCUUCCCGUUUCCUGUCUUUUUGGGCCAGAGUACGAGCCGCGAGGACAAGGAACAGCUGGAGGGAAACAUCCCUGCCAGCUUGGCCCCUGAACACAAGGUCUCCGCCCCAGACGAUGAGUAUCUAGCCUAUGCGGCCAUGCUCGAGUCAGGCUGGGAAGCUGCCAAAGGCAAGCGUACCAAGGUGUCUAAGGAAAAGAUGGCACAGCGAGUGCAGAAAGAGCGCGACCGCAUCGUCUGUCUGCAGCGGCUGCAACGAUAUCUUGGCUUACGCGGAGAUGCCAUUGUUCCGAAAGAUUCUUCAGGCGGAGACCCGGCCGAAAACCAAGAGCCCCCUGGUACAAAACGAGAGGCAGUGGAUGAAAACCAACCCACCCCCCACCCCUUCUGGAAAGAACCCAUCUUCAUCAGCGUCGACAUAGAGUGCAACGAGCGCUGCCACAGCCAAGUGACGGAGGUGGGUAUUUCGGUUCUCGACACGCGGGACCUGGUCGGGGUUCCUCCCGGCGAGAACUGCAGCUACUGGCGCCGCCUCAUUCAGUCCCGGCACCUGCGCGUCCGCGAGCACGGACACAUCGUGAACCGCGAUUUCGUCCCGGGCUGCCCAAAAGACUUCCAAUUUGGAACAAGCGAGUGGGUUGACCUAGACCAGCUGGGGGAUACCGUGCGGGCAUGUUUCCAGGCUCCGUCUGGGGCAGACGACGAAGAGCGCACGCUCAUCCUGGUCGCCCACAGCACAGGCAUGGAGGAGACAUACCUACGCAAGCUGGGAGUGCCUGUGCUGCGCGAGGGGGGGAAGCCAUUCUUCGCCGAAAUUGUCGAUACCGCGGAGUUCUUCAAGGUGAUUCAAGGCGAGACAGCUACACGGUCGCUGGGGGCAGUUCUCCUGGAAGUGGGCAUCGAGGGAUGGUACUUACACAAUGGGGGAAAUGAUGCGCGGUAUUCGAUGGAGGCGAUGUUGGGGAUGAUGUGGAGGUGGGAUGGAGUGAUUCCGACGAAGACUGGCGUUUAA